AUGUCGUGGCAGAGCUCCGUGUCCUGGCAACCAGACACAUCGUGGGCGCAACCGCACGGCCUCGGGGCCGCGGUCGGGCCGUGGGCGCUGGCAGGGAACGACAGUGCCUCACGGCGUGGGCCUGCUCUGUUCCGCCGGACAGCGAGGGACUACUACUUGUCGAGACGGUCCGGCCAGAUCUACCGCGACCGCUCGUCGGUGGCGCACGUGCCCCGUGGUGGCGGCGGCGCUGGCAAGCGGCUGGAGCUGCAGAGCGUAGUGACCAAUGCGAGCCGCGCCAUCGUUGUGGCGCCCAACACUUCUUUCGCCAGCAAUGAUGGCAUCCUUACAACGGCCACCGUCUGCACCGCCGCCGGCCGCGACUCCGGGGACAUGGAGAUGGUGAAGUACAGAGACAAGUACAACAACGCCUUGUCCCGCGAGGUCUCGUUCUCGCGCGACAACCACGACAAGCUCUACGUUAGCGCUCGGCGGGACGCGCCCAGCUUCGGUAACAGCAUCAGCGUCGCGUCGUACAGCCAGAGCCAGUACUACGAUGACGACGGUGGUGUACACCACGAUUACGACGACGAGGACGACGGUGAGAUCGAGGUGAGGGUCGGAAAGCCUGUCAGCAUCGCUGGCUUGUUUAAGUACUCGACGCCGCUGGACAUCGUGCUCCUCGUGCUCGGGUGCAUCGGUGCCAUGAUCAACGGCGGCUCGCUGCCGUGGUACUCGUACCUGUUCGGGAAUUUCGUCAACAAGAUUGUCAACGCCGACAAGACGCAGAUGAUGAAGGACGUCAAGCAGAUCAGCUUGUACAUGGUGAUCCUUGCUGCAGUUGUUGUCAUAGGAGCCUAUCUUGAGAUCACGUGCUGGAGGAUCAUUGGCGAGAGGUCAGCGCUGAAGAUGCGGCGGGAGUAUUUGAAGGCAGUGUUGAGGCAGGAAAUCGGAUUCUUCGAUACGGAGGUGAGCACUGGAGAGGUGAUGCAAAGCAUCUCCAGUGAUGUCGCUCAAGUCCAGGAAGCCAUGGGAGAGAAGAUGGCAGGCUUUGUGCAUCACGUCUUCACCUUCAUCUUCGGCUACGUGGUUGGCUUCGCCAAAUCAUGGAAGAUUGCUCUCGCCGUCUUCGCCGUCACGCCUCUUAUGAUGUCGUGCGGCAUGGCCUACAAGGCCAUAUACGGUGGCCUCACCGCCAAGGAAGAGGCAUCGUACCAACGUGCCGGCAGUGUGGCCCAGCAGGCUAUCAGCUCCAUCCGGACGGUCCUGUCCUUUGUCAUGGAGGACCGGCUGGCAGACAAGUACGCCGAGUGGCUGAACAAGGCGGCUCCGAUCGGCAUAAAGAUGGGCUUCGCCAAGGGCGCCGGCAUGGGGGUGAUCUACCUGGUGACAUACACCCAGUGGGCGCUGGCGUUGUGGUACGGCUCGCAGCUGGUCGCCAAGGGUGAGAUCAAAGGCGGCGACGCCAUCGCCUGCUUCUUCGGCGUGAUGGUCGGAGGAAGGCACGUACAGCGCAGGGGUUUGGCGCUGUCGCUGUCCUACUACGCGCAGUUCGGGCAGGGGACGGUCGCGGCGGGGCGGGUGUUCGAGAUCAUCGACCGCGUGCCGGAGAUCGACGCGUACAGCGGCGGAGGGCUGGCGCUGUUGGCGUUGAGGGGGCGGAUCGAGUUCAAGGACGUGGAGUUCGCAUACCCGUCGCGGCCGGAGGCCAUGAUCCUGUACAACCUGAACCUGACCAUCCCCGCGGCCAAGAUGGUGGCGCUCGUGGGCGUCAGCGGAGGGGGAAAGUCCACCAUGUUCGCGCUCAUCGAAAGGUUCUACGACCCAACGCGAGGAUCGAUCACGUUGGACGGACGGGAUCUGGCGUCGCUGAAUCUCAAGUGGCUGCGCUCGCAGAUCGGCUUGGUUGGGCAGGAGCCGAUCCUGUUCGCCACCUCCAUCAUAGAGAACGUGAUGAUGGGGAAGGAGAACGCAACGAGGCAAGAGGCCAUCGCGGCCUGCACCGAGGCCAAUGCUCACAUCUUCGUCCUAGGCCUACCUGAUGGCUACGACACGCAGGUUGGGGACCGUGGGACCCAGCUGUCGGGGGGCCAGAAGCAGCGGAUCGCGCUCGCGCGUGCCAUCAUCCGUGCCCCGCGCAUCCUGCUGCUGGAUGAGCCCACCAGCGCGCUGGACGCCGAGUCCGAGGCCGUGGUGCAGCAGUCCAUCGACCGCCUUUCCGCCGGCCGCACAGUCGUCGUCAUCGCUCACCGCCUUUACACUGUCCGCAAUGCCGACACCAUUGCUGUGCUCGACCGCGGGGCCGUCGUGGAGUCCGGCUGCCACGCCGACCUCAUAGCUCGGGGCGGCCCCUACGCUGCCCUGGUGAAGCUCGCAUCGGACAGCGGCAGCUUCACGGACGAGUCAGGGCACGACAUGUCGGUAUCAAAGUCAAGGUACGGAUUUCACACGAUACAAGAAGAGGCAGAGCAGAAGGAUGCGCACGCCAAGGACGCCAAGGUCAGGGUCUCUGAGAUAUGGAAGCUGCAGAGGCGGGAAGGCCCCUUGCUGAUCCUGGGAUUUCUGAUGGGCAUACACGCAGGCGCGGUGUUUUCGGUGUUCCCGCUGCUGCUGGGCCAGGCUGUCGAGGUGUACUUCGACGCAGACAAGUCAAAGAUGAAGCGGCAGGUGGGAUAUCUGGCAACGGCCGUGGUUGGUCUCGGCGUGGCCUGCAUCCUGACUAUGACGGGGCAGCAGGGUCUGUGCGGAUGGGCGGGCGCUAGGCUCACCAUGCGUGUCCGCAACCGCCUCUUUCGCGCCAUCAUGCGGCAGGAGCCCGCGUGGUUCGACGAGGAAGACAACGCGAUGGGUGUCCUCGUGACACGCCUUGCACGGGACGCCAUAGCAUUCCGGUCCAUGUUCGGCGACCGUUACGCCGUGCUCCUGAUGGCCGUGGGCUCAGCAGGCGUGGGUCUCGGCAUAUGCUUCGCGCUGGACUGGAAACUCACGCUGGUCGCAAUGGCCUGCACGCCGUUGACACUUGGUGCCAGCUACCUCAACCUCCUCAUCAACGUCGGUCCAAAAUCGGAUGACGGCGCAUACGCACGGGCCAGCAGCAUUGCAGCCGGCGCCGUGUCGAACGUGCGCACAGUCGCCGCUCUCUGCGCCCAGAGCAACAUCGUCGGCACAUUCAACCGGUCGCUGGAGGGUGCCAUAGCCAAGGCUCGGCGGAGGUCACAAUUCAUGGGCAUCAUCCUCGGGCUCUCCCAAGGCGCCAUGUACGGUGCUUACACGGUGACCCUCUGGGCCGGCGCAUACUUUAUUAAGAGAGACGAGUCCACCUUCGGCGAUGUGUCAAAGAUCUUCCUCAUCCUUGUCCUCAGCUCCUUCUCCGUUGGUCAACUGGCUGGUCUCGCCCCCGACACAUCCGGUGCACCGGUGGCCAUCGCCUGCAUACUAUCCAUUUUGAAGCGCAGGCCAGCAAUCGACAAGGACCGGACCGAGCGGCGAACAAUCAAGAACGGGAGACCCAUCGACGUCGAGCUGAAGAAAGUGACAUUUGCAUACCCGUCACGCCCGAACCUGAUGGUGUUGAAUGAGUUCUCGAUGUGUGUGAAGGCAGGGAGCACUGUUGCGAUGAUCGGUGCAAGCGGGAGCGGGAAGUCCACGGUGGUCUGGCUGGUACAGCGGUUCUACGACCCGGUGGGCGGGAAGGUGAUGGUCGGCGGCGUGGAUGUGCGGGAGCUGGACCUUAAGUGGCUCAGGGGGGAGUGCGCAAUGGUGGGCCAGGAGCCAUCUUUGUUCAGUGGGUCUAUCAGAGAAAACAUCGGGUUUGGCAAUCCAAAAGCCUCAUGGGCAGAAAUUGAAGAGGCUGCCAAGGAGGCCAACAUCCAUAAGUUCAUCGCUGGGCUUCCCCAAGGUUAUGAUACUCAGGUCGGAGAGAGUGGAGUCCAGUUGUCAGGGGGUCAGAAGCAGAGGAUUGCAAUUGCACGAGCAAUCGUUAAGCAGUCCAAGAUACUACUUCUGGACGAGGCUAGCAGCGCGCUAGACCUCGAAUCCGAAAAGCACGUGCAGGAAGCCCUUAGAAAAGUCUCACGGCGUGCAACGACGAUCAAGGUGGCGCACCGCCUCUCCACGGUGCGCGAGGCCGACCGCAUCGCCGUUGUGAGCAAUGGGAGGAUCGUCGAGCUUGGCAGCCACGACGUCCUUCUAGCUAACCAUGGCGACGGCUUGUAUGCCGCGAUGUUGAAGUCGGAGGUGGAGGCGCAGGCAUUCGCGUAG